AUGGCUCACCCCGGAUCUCAGAUUUCCAAGAGGAGAAAGUUCGUCGCUGACGGUGUCUUCUACGCCGAGCUCAACGAGUUCUUCCAGCGCGAGCUCGCUGAGGAGGGUUACUCCGGCGUCGAGGUCCGCGUUACCCCCACCGUUACCGACAUCAUCAUCCGAGCCACCCACACCCAGGAGGUUCUCGGCGAGCAGGGCCGCCGCAUUCGUGAGCUCACCUCGCUCAUCCAGAAGCGAUUCAAGUUCCCCGAGAACUCCGUGUCCCUCUACGCCGCCAAGGUCCAGAACCGUGGUCUCUCCGCUGUCGCUCAGUGCGAGUCCCUCCGAUACAAGCUUCUCAACGGUCUCGCCGUUCGACGUGCCUGCUAUGGUGUUCUCCGUUUCAUCAUGGAGUCUGGUGCCAAGGGUUGUGAGGUUGUUGUCUCUGGUAAGCUCCGUGCUGCCCGUGCCAAGUCCAUGAAGUUCACCGACGGCUUCAUGAUUCACUCUGGUCAGCCCGCCAAGGACUUCAUUGACCACGCCACCCGCCACGUCCUUCUCCGACAGGGUGUCCUCGGUAUCAAGGUCAAGAUCAUGCGUGGCUCCGACCCCGAGGGCAAGGCUGGUCCCCAGAAGACCCUCCCUGACGCUGUUACCAUCAUCGAGCCCAAGGAGGAGCAGGCUGUUCUCCAGCCCGUCAGCCAAGACUACGGUGCUAAGGCCGCCCAGGCUGCUCAGGCUGCUCAGGAUGCCCGAGUUGCUGAGGAGGAGGGUGGUGAGGAGGUCCAGGCUGUUGAGCAAUAG